AUGGUCCUAGAUGAUACGCAUCCUGGACACAUUAUCCAAAUCCCCAAACUUAACUUACCUAGUGCCGUCGCAAUAUUAGACGAUAGCACAGAGUCAUAUUCUCCUAUAGGACGUACAGGUAUCUCGACCAAGUGUAAAUGA